AUUUAUUUUAUGUCGCUUCAUAACACAUGAUAUGAUAGAGCAACUCAUUGUAACGAAUUGCUUCUCAUGAGAAUUUCCAACAGCAGACAAUUUCAACAUGGCAUCAACGUGGGUUCCUGAUGUCUCUCCCGAUACCCCUUUUUCCUUAGCCAAUAUCCCGUUCGGUAUCGUCAGCUCAUCCGCCGACCCCGCGCCACAUGCCGCCAUCGCCAUCGGAAUUCAUGUCCUCGACUUAAAAGCCUUGUCUUCUCAUGCGACUUUUCAUGACGUAUUUCCCGCAUUGAAAAAUCACCCGGGCAUCUUCUCAAAGCCCACGUUAAAUGAAUUCGCAGCGCUAGGUCGACCAGUCCACCGAGAAAUUCGCAAAACCAUUCAAGAUUUAUUAUCUAGCGAAACGUCCCGGCCAGAAGCCCUAAAGGACAAUGCGGAACUUCGGGAGAAGGCUCUGCUCUCCCAGCGGAAUGUGAAAAUGCACUUACCUAUGAACAUAGGGGACUACACAGAUUUCUAUGCCGGGUUUCAUCACGCCUAUUCCGUUGGGGCAUUGUUCCGCGGUCCUCAAAAAGCUUUACAGCCCAAUUACACACAUCUCCCGGUCGGAUAUCAUGGACGGGCUUCCAGCAUCGUAGUCUCGGGUACGCCAAUCAAGCGCCCUGUCGGCCAGAUCAUCAUCGACCCCACGGCGGAGCCGAAGCAACCCACCACAGCUCCUAGCAGACGUCUUGAUAUUGAGCUAGAGCUAGGAUGCUUCAUUUCAACCCCGAAUGAGAUGGGUUCUUCAAUCAAAGUCACGGAUGCCGAGGACCAUAUUUUCGGAUAUGUGAUCCUAAACGAUUGGAGUGCGCGCGACAUUCAGACUUGGGAAUAUAUUCCGUUAGGACCUUUCAAUGGGAAGAAUUUCGCUACUACCAUUAGCCCCUGGGUUGUUCUGGCAGAUGCACUGGAUCCGUUCCGAACCAAAUGUCUUGACAAUUGGACGCCGCUGCAGCCAUACUUGAAUGAAAAUAAGAAAGAAAGUAUCUUCGAUAUUGAGCUGCAAGUUGAUUUGAUAACUCCGCAAGGGGAUGCGACCACGAUAUCCACGACAAGCUCCAAGUAUCUCAUGUGGUCGUUUCCGCAAAUGAUUGCGCAUCACUCUCUUGGUGGAUGUCCGAUGAGAACUGGAGACAUUCUUGGUACCGGAACUAUAAGUGGGCCCACUCCGAACGAAAAGGGAAGUCUCUUGGAAUUGAGCGAAGGAGGGAAGAAAGAUGUUAUGCUUUAUGGUAUGGACGUACGCCGAUUUCUUAAAGAUGGAGAUACAGUAGUAAUGCGCGGUAUAUGCGGGAAGCCAGGUGAGAAGGUGGGUUUCGGUGAUUGUGUUGGUCGUAUAUUGGCUGCCACUCCGGUACAAUAACUUGUGACUAUUCAGAGCUAUUGCAUAUAUGGGUGGUAUAGCUGUGCAUUUCCUCAAUUUUCGCGCAGUAGCUUACAUCUACUUAAUAAUGUCAAUGACUGUUAUCGCA